AUGCCCAUGGGCGACCAAUACACCCCGGGUCAGCCCCGAACUCGACCACUGGAAGUGCUUUCUCUCGGACUCCCGCGAACAGGAACCCGCUCGAUGGCAGCAGCGCUGGAAAUACUGGGCUAUCAACACUGUGCUCAUGGCUUCGACUUGAUGGACAACCCUGCCUAUGCCGUUCGCUGGGAGCAAGCCGUCGACGCCAAAUACUACGGUCGUGGGGAAGCAUUCACUCGCAAAGACUGGGACGAAUUGCUAGGCCACUGCAGUGCAACGACAGACUUUCCCUGUGCCGCCUUCUGGAGAGAGCUGUGCGCUGCAUAUCCCGAGGCCAAGGUCGUCCUGGUACAAAGAGACGAGGACAAGUGGUACACAUCGUUUGUGGAAGGAGUGAUUGACUCGCAGCUCAGCUCAUCUGGGAAGUUCGUUCGAGACUACGUCGAACCGCUGCUGGGGUCCAUCCUGGGCCGUCUGAGUCUCAAGAUUACACAGAGCUGGCUGGAAGCGGCGACAGCGGACGGCAUGCGAGCGAAUGCGAAGAGUGCAUACCGCCGCCACUACAAAGACGUCAAGGCAGUCGUCGCCAAGGACAGACUACUGGAGUAUCAUCUGGGCACUUUGCUGUGA